CCGCGCGCGGCCGCGCCGGAAGCACCACGCCUGAGGGAUGGUGCUGGAGGGGGGUGCGGUGCCGGGGGGUGCGGGGGGUGCGCCGCGGCGCUGGGUCCUGACGCUGCUGCUCUGGCUGGCGGCGACUCCGGGCUGGCCUCGGGCCUCGGGCGGGCCCUCCCGGCGCCACUGGCCCGUGCCCUACAAACGCUUUUCCUUCCGUCCAGAACCAGAUCCUUACUGUCAAGCUAAGUACACUUUCUGUCCCACUGGCUCGCCGAUCCCAGUUAUGAAGAAUGAUGAUGUCAUUGAAGUCUUUAGACUACAAACCCCUGUAUGGGAAUUUAAAUACGGAGACCUUCUAGGACAUUUUAAAAUUAUGCAUGAUGCCAUUGGAUUCAGGAAUACCUUAACUGGCAAGAACUACACAAUGGAAUGGUAUGAACUUUUCCAACUUGGCAAUUGUACAUUUCCCCAUCUCAGACCUGAAAUGGAUGCCCCUUUCUGGUGUAAUCAAGGAGCUGCCUGCUUUUUUGAAAGAAUUGAUGAUAUCCACUGGAAGGAAAAUGGGACAUUAGUUCUGGUAGCAACCAUAUCAGGAAACACAUUUAACAAAAUGGCAAAGUGGGUGAAACAGGACAAUGAAACAGGAAUUUAUUAUGAGACAUGGACUGCCCAAGCCAGCCCAGAAAAAGGGGCAGAGACAUGGUUUGAGUCCUACGACUGUUCAAAAUUUGUGUUACGGACAUAUGAGAAGUUGGCUGAACUUGGAGCAGAGUUCAAGAAGAUAGACACCAACUAUACAAGAAUAUUUCUUUACAGUGGAGAACCAACUUAUUUGGGAAAUGAAACAUCUAUUUUUGGGCCAACAGGAAAUAAGACUCUUGCUUUAGCCAUAAAAAGAUUUUAUUACCCUUUCAAACCACACUUGUCAACUAAAGAAUUUCUGUUGAGUCUCUUGCAAAUUUUUGAUUCAGUGAUUAUGCAUAGGCAGUUCUAUUUGUUUUAUAAUUUUGAAUAUUGGUUCUUACCUAUGAAAUUCCCUUUUGUUAAAAUAACAUAUGAAGAAAUUCCUUUACCUAACAGGCACAAAACAUUUCCUGGUUUAUAAAACCUUAAUUCUAUUUACUGCUCUUUUUUCUCCAACCACCAGCAUCUGUUUUUUAGGGGGUGAUUUUACAUUUGUGGAUUUCUUAAGCCUUUUUUCCUCAGAGCAGAAUGGUAAAAUGCAUCUUGGUAGAACUGUUGCAUAUUAAUAUCUCGACUCUUCUUGGAAAGAAGAUGAAAUUACUAUAUUGGCUAAAGUGAACACAUUAAGUAAUCUUGAUUUCAAUUCCCAAGCCUUAGUUAGUAUGGAGAACAAUCGUUCAUGCCUAAUAUGUAUGUUCUUUGGUUCCAAUAGCGACAUUUUCAUGGUAGGAGCUAUUUUUUCUAAGUUACACUUUUUCUUAUUAAGUGCUUUUUGGUAGUUUACACUUAUUUUACAGCUUUUGUAACUUUUAAAAGUAGGCCUAGUACUCUAAUUGUGCUCUAUUCACUUAACUUGAAAGACUUAAUUGGACAAUAUAGCUGGAGAAAUUUUGCUACCAUAUGUGGUUAAUAGUAUUAAAAGCCAAGAUUCUUUCUACCUUGUAGUUUAUAACUGGUUUUAUGAUUUAAGCAAUUUAACAUCACUAUACCUUAGUUUUCCGAUCUUUGAAAUGAAUCAUCUGUUAGGAUUGUUGUAAAGACUGAAGUCGUGUAUGUUUGGCAUAGUUAGGUCACAGUGAAUGGUGGCUAUAAAGAUUAAUCGGUGUCAUCUUUGAUCUUCACUAAUGUGGGUUAUGUGCCAGCUCUCCUGGAUUUUGUUAAUCAAGACUUUGAGCUAACAGUGUAGUACUUCAGCAGUUCUUCAACCACGUGGGGCAUGGAAUUAUCUGGCUGCAGACACCUCUGAGUGGACAGGUACUUCUAACUCCUUCACUGUUUUCUGUAGUUCUCCCUUCUCCCACAAAUGCUGCCACUACUGUGGAAGAGGGUAUAUUUUGCAGAGACAAGAUCUCUAAAUCAGUGUUCAUGUUAGACAUCAGACAGGCUUUCAAGAUCUUUUAAGUAUGUUAUAAUCAAAUGAAUGCCAUUUUUUCUGUUCAUGGAAAAUACAUGAGUAAGAUGGAAACCAGAGGAAACAAUGUUUCAUAUGUAAGUGGACCAAUUAUAUUCUUUAGUUUCAGCUAACAUUUGAGUGCUUCCUGAGAGGUUAGUACAUUAUUGAGCUCUCAUAAAAGCCCAAUCAUUGUUUACCUCGUCCAAAUGAUUAAAUUGGGGUCUACAAAGGUUAAGCGACCUUUCCAUGGCUACCCUAUUAGUAAGCCAGAUACUGAAUUCAGGUUCUGCUGAUGAAUUUAGAUACAAGUUUUUCAGUGAUAUUCAACAGUGUGGUCCUUGGACCAGUGUUCGGCUACCAAAUGUUACUAGUCUAUGAAAUAAGUGGAGCUACUGAGUGGAAACAUUUAGAAACUUUUAAAGUACUGUUAUUCUGUUGAAUCAAUUUUUUUAAAACUCUGGAGCUUUUAUUUUCGUCUUUGUUUUUCGAGUGUAGGCCUAAGUCUGAAAAUAAAAACUCAGUCACCACAGAAA